UCUUUGACACAAACGAUGUACAGCUGGCCAUGCCCACCCAGUAGGCUGCCCCUGCCAAGGGCAACCGCAGUGCUGAUGAAGCCCUCAAUGAAAUUGAGUUUGACACCCUGUUACAGGAAAUCACAAAUGUAAAGCUAUGGAAUGGGGGGGGGGACCAUGCUGAACAGUAGUACAUACACUGCUGUUGUGGAAUCUUAAGUGCUUGAAGCAUUACAAUCCAAAUAUGAAACCAUGUGAUACAUGGGCAAAAACUCAAAUGAAUCAGAGGCAGCAGCAACAUGGACCAGACUGUACCUGAUGUAUGGCAUCCAGUUCUUUGCACAUUUUAGGAAGGAUACUGACAAACUGAAGAAUGCCCAGAAAGAAAUAAUCACAAUUAUAAUGGACCUGGAAAGAAAAACUUAUCAGAAAAAAAUGGAAGUGCGAGUAUGAUCUGCCUAUGAUUGUUGAAAGACACAAUAGCAGUUAUCAAAUAUAUAAUGGGUGAUAAUGCAGAACUCGGCAUUAUUCUUCAAAGUUGUUCCAGAAGAUAAGCAAGAAGCAAUGAGGUUAAAUUACAAGGUGGUAAAUUUUGGACAGCAAGGGAAAAAAAUCCUGAUAAAAAUAAACAAUGGAAAAGACUAUCUGGGGAGGAGGUCAAUCUUCAGGAAAAAAUACUUAAACAGCAGCUGGGUUGCCAUCUGUUAGGAUGUUGUAGUAAUGGAUCCAUGCUCCAGGCAGGGGAUUGGAUAAGGAGAUCUUCACACUCCCUUCAAAUUGUAUGUUCUAUUAUUCAGAUUAAAAGCACUAAAGAAUGUGUUAGAUACAUAUAUUGUUAACAAAUGUGUAUGUAAAUCUGGUUAUUUGAAAUUAACACUUUUGGAAAUGUGCAAAAAGUACAUGGGGACAGCACAUUUAUGCCCAAAUAGUAUAAAAACAAAUACUAUUAUAAUUAGAGGCAAAAAUGAGAUUAAAUUUGAAUGCUUUUACAAUUUCUCAGGUCUAAAUCCAGCAAAAGCAUUGUUAUUUAAAUUAAUAAGAUCAGUUUUUGCAAAUGGAAUAUUGUACCUCAUUAUUAGAAAGCAGCUUUCACUGCAAAAAAUGACUUACUAUACUAUUUACUGCUCAGCUAACUGGAGGGAAUCCAACAAGCAUCUGAGUAAACAAUUACUGAGAUAGACAAGCUUUGAACUAAGGAACAGGACACUCCUAAUACAUUUCAGCCUAGAAAUAUUCCCUCCCACUUCCUUUUCUUCAGUAGCCUAACUUGCAGAUAGGAUUUGUUUUUAUUUAACAAUUAGGAGUUAGGAAUCAUCAAUCUAUCAACAAAUACUAAUCUGUUCUGCCAAUCCCUGGUUUACAAAAGAUAGUAUACGUUUUGUACAAUACAAGGGCUCCCCACAAAACCUGGAUAAAACAGAUACAAUAAAUCACACAAUAGGCAAUUCAGAUACUGAUUUAUUUUUACAUUUGUAAAUUACAUUAUAAUACCCAGACAGGUAAAAAAUUGAAAAUCUGUUAUCCGGGAAGGUUUUUUAUGGUUCAGUACAAAAGAGCAGUAUAUAAUUCACUGUUCAGAUUUAAAUGUUAAUGCCGAUUUAAAUUUUAAUGCAAACUUAAACUUCAAUGCUACAUAAAAAUGCUAAUCCUAAUUAAAAUGCAGUCCUCUGCUAGCAGUAGAUUUACUAUAGUAGAUCAAAAGUCAUAAACAUUAGUUUAUGCUUAAAUGCUCACAAGCAGGGAACAAAGCUAUGAGUUUUCAUCAGAUCAUUGGACUUAAAUAGCACACUAAACUAAAACUAUAAACUGGGCCAGUUUAUAGCUCAGAGGACCAUAUGAACCCAGGGAAUUCAGUAAGCCAAUACAAAUGAUACAUCAAUGAACCACCUGGAGAUAUAUAGGCAGCCUUCAUUUAGUGACCACAACUGAUACCAGCAAUUCAGUCUUCAAGUAAAGUGAAACUGCAAGUGUGUUUAUGAUCCUACUUCAGCUUUCCUUUGCUUUACAAAUCUGCAAAGGUCAUAAAUGCAAAGAUUGGUUGCAAAGUUACUUUUUCAUCACUUCAUAAUUGCAGUCACUACUCAAGGCAGUUACUAAACAAAAACUACUGUGAUGAUGAUGUUAUCCAUGUCUGACUACUGUACUAUUUUUCAAUGCAAAGGUUUUUAUUUCAUUAUAUAAAAUCUACUACUAAUUUAUUUGAAAAUCUUUCAGUUGCCCUUUUUAAGAAACUGGAUUGCUUCUUAUAUUAAUAUGAAAAUGUUAUUUGGAAUCCAAUUAUCAAUCACUGAACUUCCGUGAUGGACUGUGUGGGAGCCAGUAAAUUGAAAUUCAAUCCUUGGAAUACUCUGUGGAUUUCUUUGCAAAGUAUUCAGCCCAGUUUAGAUGGCUUGCACUCUUCAAAGCACCAAAAUGUGAUUCUAAAAUCCAGUUUAUUAGCAAACUAGGCUGUACAUUUCAUUAACUGCACCAUAUCCUUCCUAGACCAAGACUACCAAACUGGAUUCAUGCACUUUGAAGCAAUCUAUGACUAAUUAUUGUAAUGUAAGUUUUUUAUUGUCCUGGAGAAAUUACCUCUGGUGCCAUUCUUUUGCUCUGAUAAUGUUUUAUUUAUAUUGCUUUAAACUGAAAGAUCCACAGGGAAAUGGAAAAUGAAGGGCUAGGAAAAAGCUGUUAAUAGAGGUUAAAACUAGCCAAAAAUUAAGUUUAGACACAAAUUUGUAACUAUUUUACUGGUAUAUGAAUCUUAAUUACAAAAAUAUUAAAAUUCAAUGCAUAAGUCAGAGCAAAGUAUUUAAACUUUCAUAGACCCUCUGCAUUUGUAAUGAAAUCAAUAGUACUGAUCCAGGGAAAAUCAUGUUGAUUAGAUCUGUAAAUCCGACUAAAUUUCAAUAAUCCAUUCCUUCCCCCUUUUUUUAGUUCUUUGCUAAUAACUGAUAAAAGACAACUACCUGAAACAAAAACUGAACACACAUAACAAUCUUAGAUAUUAAAGUAUACAACUCUUGCAAAAGAACCUUUUCCCAACUUUAAAGUUACAGGUUCCCACCAGAAAAGCCAAUUCAGACCAAACAAACAAACAAAGUUUGUGUUAAUGUUUAUUAAGAAAUGAAUUCUGUACUCUUAUACAUGCUAACCUCACUGUAACUUACUAAACUCAAAAGGAUUCAUUUCUGAGCAAUGUAUGUAGAAUCACAUGCAAAUCUUUCCUCAGUGUAAUUAUAUACAAAAGAGAAGACCUCUUUACAUAUCUAUAAAGUAAAUAGAACAAAAAAUGAAAUGUAAUCACAGCCUAGUAAAAAAACAGAAAUAGCUGCUUAAGCAAUAACAGAAAGCAAUUGACAAUCAAAGCAAGUUCAGUGAUUUAGAAAUGCUUAGAACCAAUUUCCCACUUUUUUUUCUGGCAAAGGACAUCAAAUUAUACUCCAGAAUCACAAUCGUAUUGGUAUUGUUGAGCCUUACUAAAAUAAAGGAGAGACUCUCUUUAGCAAACCUAAUAAAAAAUUGCUGCUGCAUAAAUUAUUUUUAACUUCAGAGGCAAACUUCUUGUUUACUUUGGUGCAGAUCAUUCCAUUAAUACAUCACAUUUAUAACCAUUAAUCCUCACUUCCACUUUGCUUAAGGUUCAGGGUUUUUUGUAAGAAAUUGAACAUCAGCAGUUUUAUGCAUUUCAUAUUUCUUGCUAUAAAACCGUACAAUAUUACUUUAUUUCAAGCUACAGGAUUACUGCUAUCCAUCAAAUAAGUAAGUUCAACAGUUAAAAGCAUGCAAUUCUGCCCUUAGAAAUCUAAACAACCUGUUAUUAUUAAUGGAAUAUUCUUUCCACUAAGCAAGAGAUAAAUGUAUUGAGCUUCUUAAAAAAUCAACACAUUUCUUACCAUUAAGUCAUGUACUGCUGAAAAGGAUAAAGUUCAAAUAAGUUUAGUAAGUUCAAAUCCAUGUUAUCUGACCUCUGCACUGAGAAGUGGGAUUUAGUAUUAAACUUAAACGUAUACUUUAGAAAUACCCGGAUGCCUAUCAUUUUUAAAACUUGUCAUAUGGCAGUGUCAUAAAAAGCCAAAUCAAGGUAAGGACCACCCGCAGAUGGCAAAAUUAUCCCUCUCCCUCCUUCCUAACCAAGUGCACCUUACUUCAGUUCUGGCCACCACUUCUCUCCCUCCUGUAUCAGAGCAACGGAAGACAUUAAAAAAGGGAGAACGGGGCGAAGUUUUACAAAAACAAAGCGCGCAGAAUGGCCCUCUUUCCGUCGCCCCGCCGCCGCCGCCAAAGCCAGGCGCCCGCGAUGGUUCAGCCCAGCCGGUGAGGCCUGCGUCCCGCUCCCUGCAAGCGGCGCGCGCCAACAGGCAAAGCCAGCCAGCCAAGCAGGCGGCGAAGGAGGAAAGCGGGGGAGGGGAGGCUCCUGCUGCUGUUGCCGCCACAGCGCUCGUCGCCGCCUCCCCCCCGUCUCUCCCCGGCGGGGGCUCCUCGCUACAGCCUCUCUGCUCCGCUCUCGGUCAUGUGACCCUAACGUAACCGGACAGGAAAAGCCGCCGCCGCCGCGCUGACUCCGUUGUUGGCGCUGCUGCUGCUCCUGGGCUGGCGGAGUCCGCGCCCCCCCCGCCGCCGCCGAAAGCGCGAGCCAGAUUUUAAAAGAUGGAUUUGGCCAACCAUGGACUUAUUCUUCUACAGCAGCUUAAUGCUCAGAGGGAGUUUGGUUUCCUGUGUGACUGCACAGUUGCUAUUGGUGAUGUGUACUUUAAGGCGCACAAAUCCGUCCUUGCCUCUUUUUCCAACUACUUCAAGAUGUUGUUUGUUCAUCAAAGCAGUGAAUGUGUCCGCUUGAAGGCUGCUGACAUACAACCAGAUAUUUUCAGUUACCUCUUGCAUUUGAUGUAUACUGGAAAGAUGGCACCUCAGCUCAUAGAUCCUGUUCGACUCGAGCAAGGGAUAAAGUUCUUGCAUGCAUUCCCAUUGAUCCAGGAGGCCAGUCUUGCCAGUCAAGGAAACUUUGCACACCCAGAGCAAGUUUUCCCAUUGGCAUCAUCAUUGUAUGGCAUUCAAAUUGCAGAUCACCAAGCCAGAAAUCCCACAAAGGCAGUGACGGCACCUGACAAGCCUUUGCGAGAAGCACGGCCCCAGCUCUCGAGAGUGAACCAAGAUCAGGUGCACGAACCCUCCCAACUAUCCCAGAUACCACCACCAAGUUUGCCUCAAGUGCCCCCAACAAAUAUGGUUCCCCCUGACCCACUGCAGUCUUCACUGUCUCCUGAGUUAGUAUCAGCUCCUUCUCACCCUUCACCUGGAGAUGAAACCAACAUGGAAGCCUCUUCCUCAGACGAUCAACCUGCCUCUCUCACCAUAGCACAUGUCAAACCAAGCAUUAUGAAAAAAAAUGGAAGCUUUCCCAAAUACUAUGCCUGCCACCUCUGUGGUCGACGUUUCAAUUUGCGAAGUAGCUUGCGUGAGCAUCUCCAGAUUCAUACAGGGGUGCCCUUCGCAUCCAACCAACACGGGGAAAGUAGCAUUCCCUUGUCUCUUUGUAAUAAUGCUCCUGAAAAAGAUGCUAUGGAUGCGACCGAGGCCGGAAUGAUCAGUGACAGCGAGCUGCAGCAGAUCUCAGAUUCACCCAUAAUUGACGGGCAGCAGCAAUCAGAAACCCCUCCACCCUCGGAUAUUGCUGAUAUUGACAAUUUGGAGCAGGCAGAUCAAGAAAGAGAAGUGAAAAGGCGGAAAUACGAAUGCUCCAUUUGUGGACGCAAGUUCAUUCAGAAAAGCCACUGGAGAGAGCACAUGUACAUACAUACCGGCAAGCCUUUCAAGUGCAGUACUUGUGACAAAAGUUUCUGCCGGGCCAAUCAAGCUGCUAGGCAUGUAUGUCUCAACCAAAGCAUGGAUACCUACACCGUGGUAGACAAGCAGACUCUGGAGCUCUGUACCUUUGAGGAAGGCAACCAGAUGGACAACAUGUUAGUACAGGCCAACAAACCCUAUAAGUGCAACUUGUGUGACAAGACGUUCUCCACGCCUAAUGAAGUUGUCAAACAUUCUUGCCAAAGUCAGAACUCCGUCUUUACUUUAGAAGAGGAAAGAUCCAUUCUACUCAGCGGGGGAGAUGCUGAAACCACAGAGAGCGAUCAUUCAGUUUUAGACUCUAUCAAAAAAGAACAGGAAGCAGUAUUGUUAGAUUGAUUGUGAAACUUGAGGGGGGUGGGUUUGUAACAAAAGGUUAUGUUUGUUUAUUCAUAUUUUUUAUUAAACUUAUCUUCCUCCCCACUCCCCACUAUAACUUCACUGACAUGAAAGGAAGUCUGGCUCUAUUCCCAGUAAAAGCCUAACAUUAAUAAAGGGUAUUAUAUCAAAUUAUAACUAUUGAUUUUAAUGAUAAGAAAGAAAAUAUGUAGGAGUAAAUUCCUUAUCUUGGAAACUAUGUUACAGUGAUAAAUUGCUCAAUGACAGGACUGUAAACAAUUUGAAAAAUUGUUUAAUUAUACUCUUGAAUGCACUGAGAAGGUGAGAAGAAAACUAUGUUGGUCAAGUUUCAAUUGUUUAUUCUCAAACCUGAUUACUUGUUAGAAGAAGAUUAGUUAAGGAAAUUGAUUCCUAAAUGAAAUGCCUAUAGCUGUGUCUAUUAGUCAUUUUACAAAGAAAUUCCUUUAAUAGAAGCAAUCCAUUUUUUUUAAUCUACACAAUUUUUGACAAAUGUUUAAGUUCAGAUCAGUCCACUGAUAUUAUAUCCAUUCACAAAGAAUAAGAAUAUGAUCCUAAGCACACUUGAGUUGGUGGUAGAUCCUAUCCAUGGGGCUCAAACUUCUAAGCAAAAUGUGCUCAGGAUCAUAUUUCAUUAAAGUAGCAGUAAUAAUGUGAUGGCAAUCAUUUUAUAUGCAUAAUGUGUGUGCCUGUGUGCGUGCACAAAUGUAUUUACUUCAGGCAUGUAUGUACUGCAUGCACCCUUUUCAAAUUGACCACUUUUUUGAAAACAGUUUUUAAUAUCAGUAAAAAUACUCUUUUCAGAAGCGUAUUUAAAUUACACUGACCAUAUGAAUAUUUAUAGCUGAAUUAAAAUGAAUAAUGUUGAAGCCUAUUAUGGCUCAAAACCUGAAGGAAGUGAAUUAGAAGAACUCUACAAAGUAGUCCUUGUACCUCCCUCCCUAUGGGAGUAACAAUUUUCAGCCUGUUUUUGAAAUACAGAAAAGAAGAAAAACAAUCAAAGCAAUUGUCUGAAUUUACCUGAUUAAUAAGUGAAAAUUACGAGCAAGGGAAUCAGAUCUUAAUUUUUAAUUACUAGCAUCAUUUUAUAACAGAGCAAAAUAGAAGAAUGACCAAAUUAUAUCAUGGCUGGUUUUCAGGUUAAAGUGGAACUUUGAGCGGCAUCCUCUCUGUUCUUUGUAUUACAUUUUCGUAGGUUCCAGUCUGGCAAAAUAUGCAACAAAUAAAGAGGAUGCAUUGUACAGUCACUUUGCUAUGGACCGUCUAUCCGCCAUUCAAAAUCAAGUUGUUGAUUUUUAUCUUUUAAUAUAUAAAUAAAUGGAUAUUCUCCAAUAGCCUAAAAAACUAAAUUGACAAGUGUUUUCUAAAAUCCCACUGAAAUGCAGGUAAGUAUUUUGAUGGGGGAGAAAAGGGAGCAGUAAUUAACUCUGCUCUUGUAUACAUGUUUUGUUUUAAGUAUCAUCUUUUUUGUGUCUAGCUAUGUUCUCCAGUUUGUAAGUUUUUAUACUUUAUUUCACAGAAUAAAAAUGGUAUGAAAAUAAUUUUAA